AUGACUCUGGCCAUCCUCAAGCGUCUGAUCCUCCGCCACGGGCUUUCGGCCGCCCUCCCGCGCAACAACGCCUUCCUCCGUCCCCACCCGGCCCCGAGUGCUGUCCUAGCCUGCAUCCACACCCCGCCCCCAACGAUCCUCUCGGGCUUCUUUCGCCCUCUCAGGCUCUCCCCGAACGGCCUCCCCUUGCACGCACGCCAGUCUGCCGCUUUCUCCCCUGCGUGGGUCUUUGGCCGCUCUGCGCAGCCGCCAUUCGAGCCGCUUCUGCGCCCCCCUUUCCGGGCAUCAUACUCCCCUGGCCCCGCCACCGCGCGCGGCCCGAAUAUAGCAGACCAAGCAAACCAGCUCAUCACGGCCUUUCGCGCAGCCCAGCCCGCCUCAAGCCCUCUGGUCGAUGAGAUCGUGCACGACUUGGUUGCCGCUCGGUUUGCGUUGCCCGUCCCCUCCGCCGACUAUUAG